CUAUUCUAAGUGGUGCAGCAAAUUGGUGUGACCUGCAAGGCGUGUAUGGGACCAUCAGCUCUCGAACUCUGUAGCCUUUUCUAGAUAACACUACGGCCGAAGAAACUUGCGAAAUGGGUGUUUGAAUAACCAUCAGACGCAGCACUACACAGUGUUGACUAAUUGAGAUGUUGCAGUCCACAAUUUGGAGCAGUAACUACUCGGGUAGCCGUCAGUUGGAAACACGCCACGCGGUUGAGCUUCCUCGGAUAUUUCGGGAGAAACCAUGGAUGAUUGGGAAGAAGAGGGCACUGGAACUACAGGGAGUUACCAAUCAAAUAACUCAAAUGGAGUGAGCUCAUGGAAUGGUGGUGGCUAUCAGAGCAAAGGCUUCGGAAGUCAAGAGGACAAUGCUGAAGGUGGUUCCUGGGGUGGGAGAGGUGGUUUUGGAGGGAGAGGUAGAGGCCGGGGGUCCAGGGGAGGGGGAGGAUUCAGGAACGCAUCAGGAAAUGAGGACUCUGGCAACAAUGAUGCUGAAGGAAACUCUUGGAAUGGUGGGGACGCCCCGAGAUUUGGUGGCAGAGGCAGGGGCCGAGGGGGAUCUGGGGCCAGACGAGGUGGAGGAUUUGGGGACUCCAAUUCAGGGGUUGAUGACUACGAUGAAGGAGGAUUCAGAAGCGACUCUGGAGGGAGAGGGGGCCGGGGUGGGAGAGGGGGCGGCCGCGGAGGCUUCCGUCAAGAUUCGACCGAGGAAGGUAGAGAUGGCGGAGAAAAUGCAGGUCCCAAAGUGAUCUACGUGCCUCCGCCUCCCCCUGAGGAGGAGAACUCCAUAUUUGCUCACUACGCGUCCGGGAUCAACUUUGAUAAGUACGACAACAUCCUGGUGGACGUCAGUGGGGACAACCCACCUCCCGCCAUAAUGAAAUUUGAAGAGGCAGGCCUGUGUGAGACCUUGAGCCAGAACGUUGGCAAGUCGGGCUACGUGAAGCCCACGCCCGUGCAGAAACACGGCAUCCCCAUCAUCACCGCAGGGCGGGACCUGAUGGCCUGCGCGCAGACCGGUUCUGGGAAGACGGCGGCGUUCCUGCUUCCCAUCCUGCAGCAGCUGAUGGCGGACGGAGUGGCGGCCAGCCGCUUCAGCGAGGUCCAGGAGCCCGAGGCCAUCAUCGUGGCCCCGACCCGGGAGCUCAUCAACCAGAUCUUCCUGGAGUCCCGGAAGUUUGCCUUUGGGACGUGCGUGCGCACGGUGGUGGUGUACGGAGGCGUGAGCACGGGGUACACAAUCCGGGAGGUGUUGAAGGGCUGCAACGUGCUGUGCGGGACUCCCGGAAGGCUGCUGGACAUUAUUGGACGAGGAAAGGUGGGACUGAGCAAGCUUCGCUACCUGGUGCUGGACGAGGCCGACCGCAUGCUGGAUAUGGGCUUUGAGCCGGACAUGCGCCGGCUGGUGGGGUCCCCCGGCAUGCCCUCCAAAGAGGAGCGCCAGACGCUGAUGUUCAGCGCCACCUACCCCGAAGACAUCCAGAGGAUGGCUGCGGACUUCCUGAAGAAGGACUACCUGUUCCUGGCGGUGGGGCAAGUGGGCGGAGCCUGCAGUGAUGUGGAGCAGAACGUGAUCCAGGUGACCCAGUUCUCCAAGAGGGACUCGCUGAUGGAGUUCCUGAAAACCACGGGCUCAGAACGCACAAUGGUUUUUGUGGAAACAAAAAGAAAAGCUGAUUUUAUUGCAACUUUUUUGUGCCAGGAGAAUGUACCUACCACAAGUAUACAUGGCGACCGAGAACAGCGGGAGAGGGAGCAGGCUCUGGCAGAUUUCCGCACCGGGAAGUGCCCUGUCCUGGUGGCUACCUCGGUCGCAGCCAGAGGGCUGGACAUUGAGCAUGUGCAGCACGUGGUGAACUUUGACCUGCCCUCCAACAUCGACGAGUAUGUGCAUCGCAUCGGGAGGACAGGACGAUGUGGGAACACGGGGAGGGCGAUGUCCUUCUUUGACCCUGAGGCCGACACCCCGCUGGCCCGCUCUCUGGUUAAAGUCCUCGCCGGGGCUCAGCAGGAAGUACCGUCAUGGCUGGAGGAAAUAGCCAGUGGUGCUCAUGGCACCAUGGGGUUCAAUCCUCGCGGGAAGGUGUUCGCCUCUACCGACACUCGCAAAGGUGGAGCCUUCCAGAGGGAGAAUGGCAGGCAGCCAGCUGUCCAGAGCCAGCCGGCAGAUGAGGACGAAUGGGAAUGAAUUGUCAUUUCCCCUUUUCCUUUUUGUUUAUUUUUUUAAUUAAUUUUUUUAUAAACCUUGCUAUAUGUAGUAUUGAGUUUUUGAAAUUGGGUUGUUAGAUUUUGAUACCCGUUUUCCAUUUUUAUUUUUUAUGUUUUGGAUGACUGAGUGGGCAAAAUUUGCACGUCAGUAACUGAUAUAUUUUCUUGCAAUUGUUGUAUGGCAAUUACUAUGCCUCAACCUGGGUUCUACAGUGUCACCAACUCGUGAAGGAUUUGGCCAAACUGGAAGCUAGUUUCACAAAUCAAUGUUGUAAUGGGUGUUAAUCAAGUAUUGGGCACUUGUGGUUUUCUUUCAUCGUCUUUAAAUCGCAUCAGCCAUCACUGGCGCACUCCUUUUUGCAGAUUAGGUCACAAAAAUAGUUUUCAGUGAGGUUAGUUAGUGUGAUUUGACACUAUAACAGGCUUUAAAGUAGUUGCGUGCUGAAUUUACCCGUUACCAUUUGUAAUACCCAGGAUACGUUUGAUUUUGAAAUGCUACAAAAAUGUAGCCUGCUGCCUUCAAGAUGAAUAGUUAUGUUCGCUUCAAGCAUUCAAGAUUGACCUUAUGUUUGCAGGUUAUGUUGCUUAAGCAAAAUAUUUUGUGAAUGCCUGAGUUGAAGACUUAGGAAAUAUGGAUGUUUGGCAUACUUUUGAGAAAUGUGCCGAACUGAACUAGUGAAUAAACUAGUUGUUACAUUUA